GUUGUUGACUUGGAGUCAUUGUCACACUUAAGUUUAAACCAGCCGACCCGACGGUACCACCACUCACGACGGAACAACCCAUGACCACGACGGAGAACACACAGCUCUCCUCCUUUUGAUCCUCAAAUCACCACAACCUAACCUAUCACUCAACCACCAAACCCUAACCCCCAAUUCAAACCAUGACGCCAUCAUCCACAGCAGAAUCCACCACCGCCACCGAGAUCCGCCACUCAAUCCGCCCAUGGUCCUCUUUCCUCUCUCUCUCCUCCUUCUCUCUCCCUCUCUCUCUCCCGGACCUCUCUCUCCGCUUCAACAACAACCUCUACACCUUCCGUGCCAAUUACACCAUCCUCUCUCUCCUCAUCUUCAUCCUAACCCUAAUUUUCCGCCCAAUCACCGCAAUCAUCUUCCUCAUCCUCAUCGCCACCUGGAUCUACCUCCUCGUCGCCAGAGACACACCGUUAGUCGUUCUCGACUUCGAAAUCGGCGAUCGUAUGGUUCUGAUUGCGUUAAGUGUGAUCACAAUCGUUUCAGUUGCUGUUGCUAGUGUUUGGUGGAACCUGUUUGUUUCGAUCUUGAUAUCGGUUCUGGUGAUAAGUUUACAUGCGAUAUUGAUGACUCCUGAUGAUUCUGAAUCGCCGUAUGGAGCUUUGCUUAAUGUUGUUGAUGAAGAUGGACCUUCAGGUGGAGCUUACAUGCAGGUUUGAAGUUUGGUUGACUUGUUGAAGAAGAAAAAGAAAAAGAAGAAGAAGAAGAAGAAGAUUUGGUUUGAUUUACAGUUUUAGAACAGUUUAAGUGUUUAAUGAUUAUUGCUAAUAGUGUUAAUGUGUAAAUCGAGAUUGAUUUAUGAAGUAUAAUCAUGUUUUCUUUGGGAAAUUACUUGAUAUUUGCUCUAA